GAUGGAGCUGCGACGCUGCUGUUGUUUUCUCCGCCGCACAUUCAUGUGAACUGUCGAGCGACGCUGCUGCUCGGAGCUCUCUGCCAGCGAGGAAACCGCCGUGAAUGGACUACCACACCGCCGAAACAACGCCACACCACCGCUUUACAUCACCGAGGACGCGAAAAACAACAGCUGUCUGUGUUUGCCAGCGAGGAGAGCGCGUGGGCAUGCUUCGCGCCGGUCUAGUGAGCGAAACGCGCGCGCUUAAUGAUAAGUAUUUAGACAAGUAGCUAAUUAGCUUGUAAUUGCAUAAGUGGUGUUUAAACCGCCAGUGUGGUUCGCGUGUCUGCUAGUAGGCUAAAAUUAGAACGACGCGCUGCCGGCGGAGGACACCGUAGUAUUUAUUCAGUGGGACUUUUUCAUUUUUUCACUAACGCACCUUGGAUUUCAGUCGUGGUCACAAAGCAAGUGUGGAGCCGAGGACGAGGUCAAAACAAGUCAAGACAGACCUGAAUAAGAGAGAGAGAUGACCCUAGUUUUGUCCAUGAAUCCUUUCCUGGACCCAGAGGGAGACCCGCCACUCUCCACAUACCAGCCCAUUUGGGAGUCAGAGCGUUGCACUAAGACCUGCCUGUCGAGCCCUGCCCCACCGUGCAGCUCUGAGGAGCAAUUUACACAAGAACCUCCCUGCAGGCGAGUUCCUGAUCAUGUUUCAGUUUCAAGGAUUGCAUACUUCAAGAGAAAGUUUGUUGAUGAUGAUGAUGAGCCUCCCUUCAGCUUCAGGACAUACUGCCAGACUGUUGCACCAGUGUUGGAGGAGCGUGCCCAUGUGCUGCGCCUCUCCCUGGAGAAGAUGCGCUUCAUUGACGACCCUGAGGCCUUCCUCCGACGCUCCGUUCUCGUCAACAACCUCCUGCGGCGCCUGCGGGCUGAGAUUCUGCUGCAGAGCACUGAUUGGUGCUUCCCACCCAGCCCGGCAUUUACCACUGGCCCCUGCGUCCCGGCCCCCAGCGCUAACCCGGCUCACCAGGCACUCCACGGAGCAGUACCCACCCGCAUCUGCUUAGCACCCCAAGCCGGACCGCCCUUCCGUAAGCGCUUCCGAAUGGUCCGCGGAGGACAGGGAGAUUUGCGGCCUGACUGUGCGCAGACAUGCUGCUGCAUCUACGCGGCAGCGGCCGCAGCGGGACACUACCUCCACCUCCCGUUCUCCAUGUACGACGCUGCACUCUCAACCUGCCCGUCCACACCACACUCCUCCUCUUUCUUUCAGCUAGCUAGCCAUAGUAAGUUAGGGCUGACAGUGGCCAUAGAAGAACAUGAUGAUGAGGAUGAGGAUGUUGAGGAGGAGGAGGAAAAUGAAGGACUAGGAGCUUGCUGGGUCACGCACAUACAAGGACAGAGGAGGACAGCUGCAUGA